AUGAGAAUAUUCGAAGUUACGUCGUUUAGAGAAAAGCAAAGAUUUACAAAAGAGCAAGUUAGAGAUGAGACGAGAGCACUAAAAGAAGAAAAGAAUAACACUGAAUUGUAUUUAGAAUCUCUACAAAUACCGCUUAUGGUUGUGUCACAGUGUCUCACUAACAGGGACACGAGAGUUCCCUCUGAACUAACCAGGGAUCAGCUGGGAGAGGAAUUAAGAAAGGAACUACACAUUAUCGAAAACAACAAGCGUGUUCUAACAGACGUCUGUCACAUGGGUUGGGAGAAGAUAAGGGACCUCAACAACGUGUUCUGUAGACUUGAGAGAGAGAUUCAGAAUAAGGAUGACGCAUUGGAACUUGAGUACCAAGUUAAGGAUCUUAACAGAGACUGUUCUGAUAUAUCGUACAAGAUGGACCCAACAAGGAUACCCCCGGAUACAAUGACAGAGGAGAGCUAUGUCCACUGCAUAGAGAAUACUAUACAAAUAGCGAAUCAACUAAUGAGGGAGUCCAAGACCUUACGAGAGACUAUGUUCAGGUCCUGUGAACAGGCCCGCAAUCAGAUGUACGACCAGAGCCAGCGAGUGGAGGCGGUCAUGAGAAGACGAGUGUAUGACGUGCAGAGAGCGCGGAACGAAAUGGAAUGGCAAAAAUAUAAGUUGGAAACAAACCUUCAAAAACAAGAUCGCGAAAUAGAGGCCCUACGAGCCGCUGUCGCAGAUAAAAUAAAUCCAACAAAAUUAGUACACACGAGACUUGAAAUACGCACUAGACGACCUGUUUUGGAGAGAGUGGAGGAUAAACCCAUGAGAGGUUUGAUAGAAGAAACAGAAAGAGUCCAAACCAGCUCUAAGUUAUUGGAACAGAAAUUGGAAGAUUCUUUAUCUAUAUACCACGGAAUGUAUAAUCAUUACGAACGACUAAUUAAAGAUCUUCAAUAUAAGAAUCAAGCGCUGGAAACAGAUCGACGGUUGAUCGAAAUAAGAAAACCGCUACACAAAGACAACGAAACUGACUUCAAACGAAACGUCGGUUACUGUCACAUGUCAGAUGAAUUAGUCACUGAUUAAAAUGCUAGAUUCCAAAGCUGACAGAACAUAAUAACAAAAACUUGCAAUGAGUAGGCUGCACAUGUCAUGUUUGAAUUUUUAAAAAUGGAAGCUGUAAUUCAUAAUUAUAAAAAUACCUUUAGUUAAUUAGGACAAUCCCAAAAAAAAAGUUAGUCGAAAAGUAUUAUUGUUUUUGUAAUGUCGAAACUAUAAUUAAAACUUGUUUAUGCAAGCACUGUGAACUGUAGUAGAAUAUAAUAAAAAAAUCGUUUAAUUCAUAACAAUUUAUUAAUACAAGUUAAUAUUUUAUGGUCACCGAAACACUAUUUAAAUAUAUUAAGGUUAGUUUAUAGGAAAAAAAUUAUGUUUGGAAUGUAUUAAUUUGUGAUACAAACUUUGUGCUUUAAAUAAAUUGCAACUAUUGUUUGAAAUAAAACAUCACAUAUAUUAAAGAAACAUAAAAAAAUAUUCUUUUUAUUAAAUAGUACUGUCUAAUUAUUUGUGCAAAAAAUAUAUAUUUCAAUAGCAUGUACUUAUAAAAACCUUAAUUUACUAUUACUAUAAGGCAAUACUUAAUUUUUUAAUGUAACAAAUUAUUUUCUACCUACGACUUCACUGGGGUGUGAUUGCUCGCCUAGCAUAUUUAUUGAAUAUUAUUAAAUGCAUUGCUAUUCAUAUUUGAAGCAAACUAAAAUAAACCUAGAAACUCACAAACUGAUAGAAAGGAAUUAACAAUUAAGAUAACAAAAAUAAAUUUAUCAUUAUUAAAAAUAAAAACGUUUUAAUUUUGUGCCCUACAAUAAAAUCUCAGAGGUUCUCAGAUGUGUAAUACCAUAGACAAUGAAUAACAAUAAAAAUGAGAACAUGUUCUCUGGUAAUUAUUACUAUUUAGGACCAACUCUUUCAUAGGCCUCAUCCAAAAGUUCGCAGAUCUGCUUUAUAUUGUCAUCAGUUAAUUUUCUAUUUGAGG